AUGGUGCUGUCGGGAAGGAAACUGGGCCUGGAGCUGGUACCAAGGCGCGGAGCAGCGGCUGUGGAGCCUGAGGAUAUGAGCCUGGUGGAACUGUACAGGGUACACGUGGAAAGUGCAGAGCGAGCCGCUGCGUGGCGUGGGACCCUCCGCCGCGCCGGCGGAUCAGGCAGCAGCUUCAACUCCGGAACCCUCACAAACACGAGUCUCACCAACGGCAUCACCACCGUCCAAAGUCACCACCUCAUGUGCAGUAUGAGGGACUUUGGCAUACAGCAGGCGGGGACGAGGCAGAGUUGUUGCUAUGGUUACAUGACGCGAGAAGAGGACAGCCUCUGUCUGAGAGGUUCAGAGUUCGAAUAGCGAGAGAUGGAUUUUCGAACUAUGUGGACAGGCUGCAUGCGAAUAGCACCUUAUUUGCUGACCUGUCAACGACGGAUCUCUCCCGCGAACUAUGGCUGGUGGCGUGGGUAGUCCGCGUCGGGCGCUGGGCAGGCGCUGGUGGAAGCGGCAGCGGCACUGGCGAGCGGCGCGGCCCCGUGGCUAGGCGCCCGCUUGGCGCUGGCGUGUUACCUCUGACCGAGUUCCUGAGGCAACCGGUGCAGGGAUCGACGGAGAAAGAAUACACUUU